CACUCUCUGCUGCCUACUUUUUUGGCUUGGAUUUUCCCGAUCUUCAGGGUUUGGCGGUGCAGGCCAAGGGUGGGCAAGAGAUAGGCUGCAAGUGGCACCCAGCGUUGCUGGAGGGAGGUCCGGCGGAGCAAGCGGAGCUGACCUGGAAACCUCUGCUUGGCCACUGUCCUUUCUAAGGAACUCGCCUUCCCGAGCCCGCCCGCACAGAACUGGCAGGGGACCCUUUUAGGAGCAGAGAACAUGGCGAUCUUCAGGCAGCUGUCCCUGGGUGCAAAGGCUGCCCUGGCUGCCAGCACUGUCUUCGUGUCCAUGAUUGUGUCCCGCUCCUAUCUGGCGGGGAGCCUCGAGCUCAGGGCCUGGCGUUGGCUGUUGCGCCUGCAGCUCGCCCUGUUUGCCAACUCGCUCAUGCUCAUUGGCUCCCUCUACAUCUGGCGUAGCACAGUCAGCAACCUCAGCCACUCCCCAGCCGCAGAGUCCACCUGUUUUCAGCUUUGGAAGAUGGCUGUUGUGGCAUUUCUGGCCCUGGCCCAUUCCAGUUUCUUCACCAUGCUCUUUUUAGUGGCCGAGGAGCCCUAUCUCUUCUCCGUGGCGGCCUACUCCUGCCUCGGGGCAUACAUCAUCAUGCUCUUCUUCCUGUGUACCCUCAGUGGCAUGGAGCAGGCCUCCCAGCUCUUGGCCUGGCGCAGUGGUCGGGCCGUGGGCAGCCUUGACAAGACAAGGAAGCUGGCUGUCAGGCCAGCCCUGGCAGUGGUAGUGACCGCCGUGCUCAGCGUGCUGGGGCUGCUGAAUGCCGCCCAGCCCCCAGCUGUGAAAACUGUGGAGGUGCCCAUCCAGCAGCUGCCUCCCUCGAUGGACAGCCUCAAGAUCGUGCUCCUCUCAGACAUUCACUUGGGCCCCACAGUGGGCAGGACCAAGAUGGAGAUGUUCGUGAGGAUGGUGAACAUGCUGGACCCAGACGUCACAGUGAUCGUGGGUGACCUCUGUGACGCCGAAGCCUCCAUCCUCCGCACAGCUGUGGCUCCUUUGGGCCAGCUCCACUCACGCCUCGGCACCUACUUUGUCACGGGGAAUCAUGAAUACUACACGUCGGACGUCAGCAACUGGUUUGCGCUGCUGGCAUCCCUGAAUGUCAAGCCCCUUCACAAUGAGAACGUGAAGAUUUCCGCCCCGGGGCCCCAUCAUGGGGGCGGAGAGGAGGAGGGCUGGAUCUGCUUGGCUGGGGUGGACGAUAUCGAAGCAGACAUCCUGCACUACUCCGGCCACGGCAUGGAUCUCGUCAAGGCCCUGGGGGGCUGCAGCCCAGACCACACCACCAUCUUGCUAGCUCACCAGCCGCUGGCUGCCAAGAGAGCCCUGCAGGAUCGGCCAGAUAUUAACCUGAUUCUUUCUGGGCACACGCAUGCUGGGCAAAUCUUCCCCUUGAACGUGGCAGCCUAUCUCUUGAACCCCUUCUUUGCUGGCCUCUACCAAGUGGCCCAGACUACGUUUGUAUAUGUCAGCCCAGGCACAGCCUACUAUGGGAUACCCAUGAGGUUGGGUAGCAGGGCGGAGAUUACGGAGCUCAUCCUGCAGCGGGCUCCCUGAACCUGGCCCUGCCUCGUACGCCUCUUCAGUGCUUUUGCCCUUCACUAGCCAUCCGUCCUUAGAGCGGGUUGCCUGCUUUGCCCCCUUCAGCCUCUCCUGCCCAGCCCCGCCAGUACACGCUUCGUCACAGGCCUGGCUUGAACAGUGAUUUGUGCUGGGGCUGCCUGGCAAUCCAGCCUGGUUUACUCUGUAGAUGGCCAGUUACUUUUUUAUAUGAAUCUGUGAGGCUGCUCAAGUCACAUAUGUAAGAACGAGCAUCUGUUUUCCAGGUGAUGUGGAGUAAGCUCUCUUCCUCUGCAGAGCUCACAAGGCUGAACUGAAACAUGGGGUUGCUUAAAAGGAUACCUCUAGAAAGCAGAACAGAGAGGAACACUGGCGUUUUUAAACCCUCUUUAGGACUUAGGCAGUUCCCAGGGUCACUGAUCCAGAGCUUUCUGGGGGAAGGGGCAGUGUUGCUAGGUGAUCUGGGAGGACAGGCAAGAGGGAAGCCCCUCUGGCUGCUGGAGAAGAAUGUUUCCUUUUCCCUCGUGGUUCUGUCAGAGUCAUCUUUAUUGAGGGCAUCAGGCAAACCUGCGGGGCAGAGGGCUCGGGCUGUUCUGGGCCUCCAGUGCCGCUAUUUUAUUGCCCGUGCUCCUGGGCCUUGGAGAUUGGGGGUCGGGGGGCGGGGGUUGGAAAGAAACAUGAGCACAGUGGUAGGCGUUGGUAAUAGUACUGCUGCUUAGGAAUUCGGUGGGGGGGUUGCCUCCCUGGUCUCCAUUUAUCCAACACUUGGGUGAGGCAAUUAGGCAAUUAGGCAAUUUUUCCCUCCUCGAAGGUGAGCAAACUGAGGCAGAGAGAAGCAGGACACUGGCAACAUGACAGGGUAUGUAGGGGAACCUUGGCUGGAAGCCAGGUCUUCUGCCUCGCUGUCCAUGGUCCGAUGCUUAAGGAGCAGGAUCUGUGACAAGUGAGGGCAGGACUCAAACACAUGCAACUGUGCAAAGAGAAUGAACAAGGCUCUAGAACCUGAUGGUCUCUUGGCCUGGAAGGGGGUUGGCUCGUUUCAGCAUAGGAUGUCUGUAACGUUGGAAGAAGAGUCGAGAAGGUGGACUUCCCCCACCGCUGAGGUUUGGGUGUGUGUUUUGCGAGAAACCGAGGUUCGCUCUCUACCAGGGGAAGUUGAGGUUGCAUGGGGAAAUGGCAGGACUUUGUGCUCUAGCGGGGCGGCGAGACCUUCCUUCCCUCCCUCCCCCUGGGCCCUGGCUGUGGAAUGCCAGGACUGUCUUCCCUGCUGGGUGACUUCCACACCAACACCUUCCUCUCCAUCCCUCACCCCGUCCUGACCCCAUCAGCGUUGUCCUAGGGCUCUGGCCAUAGAACCAUAGCGCCAUGCUGCUGGGCUCUGGACCCUCUGGAGUGACCCCACCCUGCUGGCCCAGCCUCUUGUGCCAGAGGCAAGAGACCCUUCAGCCCUGAGGUAGCAUUCAAUAAGCUCUCCUGUUGGAUAAGGCCUCCCUGAGAAGCCUGGGGACCUCGGCUCAGCAUUGACUUAUUUGUAAUUGAGAGUCUUUCUCCAACGGGGAACAAAAACACCACUCUGCCUGGAGAAGCUCGCCCUGCUGCUCAUUGGUCAGGCAGUCUGGCAAAUGACUUGCCCUCACCGAGCCUCAGUUUCCCUCACCCUAAAAUGAGGAUAAUUCUCUCUACCUCAAGAUUGUUUUGUGGGGCUGGUAUUAAGACGUGGACUAAGGUACAUGUGGCCCAUGUUGGUGGUGUUAAUAUUUAAACAUCACAUGGGGCACGCUAGGGAGCUGUGUUGGGCACAGGUGCCCAGAGAAUUUAUGGAGUGGCCAAACCUGGGGAGUGUGAGUGGGUAGCAUGCUGCCUGUGGCCAGGGUCCGGUGAUCUGUCAAAGCAGCAACCGCUGGGGGUCUGCUUCCCUUGGCCUGUGCUACAGUAUCCUUGUGCACACUGGGCCUGGCCACAGGGAAUUUCUUCAUUUUCCUCCUGUCUUCCUGGUGUAUAAUGGAAUCCUAGGCGAUCCUGGAGACCCCCUUUCUUGUCCGCAGGCAGUUGAGAUACUGACAGCAAGCCUUCCAGGCAAAUUUAAAAUCCGUCUUUCAGUUGAGAUGUCAGUAGUUUCUUUACUUUGUAUCCCCUUGUGCUCAGUCGUCCUUGCAGCCAGGAGUGUUUGGAAAACAAACUCACUCAGAAUUGAGGAAGGGACCCUGGCCUUUCUUUGAAUAGAUCUUGCAGAUGGUGGGAUUACAGAGAGGUGAAGUGCUUCACCCGGGGCUGCCGCCCAGCUCCUUGCUGGCCACCCUCCCGGCCUCAGGGUGACUGCUCUUCCAAACCCUCUCCCUUCCUUGGGACCUGACCCCAUUUUUCUGGAUCAUUCCAGUUGACUUUCUUGUUCCCUUUUGUUUAGAUCUCACCAGACUCUGCUAGUUGAUGCCAUUUGUCGUCCAGCCUUAGGUGCUGCUGGUGGUUGACUUGCCUACCUGUUUGGAUCUUUUUUCAUCAGUGUUCUGAGCUUCAUGAAAUUAGCUUCCUUCCUUAUUUUUUAUAUUGCAUCUUUGUCUCUUCUUUCUCCUGAAGGCUAUCGUUUUGCGGUCUUGUGUACCCUUCAUCCUUGUUCUGAAGUCCUUGCUUGACUGAUUUCUUUCUACUCCCGGAAUUAAGACAGGGCCAUCCUGUGUGUCUUGGGAAUACUGAGCAGCAAAUUCCCGUGCGUGGUUUAUUUAUUUAUUUUUUUAAGUUUUUUUUUUUUUAAUUUAUUUAUUGAGAGAGAGAGAAUGAUAGAGAGCAUGAGAGGGAGGAGGGUCAGAG